AUGCAACACGUUCAAGUUCUUUCACGUCCGGUGGAGAUAUCCCUUGACGAGGCUGGGGAUUCCGUCUGGCGACUCCCACCCGAUAUUGAGUCGGAAAUCACAACUUUAGCGACAGUAUGCCAUGUCAAGCAUCAACAGCGCACCCCUCUAGCAGCAGGGAGGGAAGAAGAUAUUCGUGAGGCCGACAGCUCAGACGAUGAAGAGAGCGAGAUCGGCAGCAACUUUGCUACUGACGUCGUAGGCCGACUGGGAACAGGCACUAUAAAGUCAAUCAGGAUGAGGUUUCUGGAUCAACUAGCUGAAUUGAUUUGCCGCAAGAAGGAAGCGGAUUACGUUACUUGCACCUCUUUGAUGGAGAGCGAAGAGGAGGCCACAAUCUUCGCGGCGCGCAAUGCGCCCUGGGUGGACGCAGAUAUUGAGCUGCUUGAGAAGGUGGCUAAUAUGCUGGAGGUUGUUGCAUCACGAGGUUUGUUAAGUGAGGAUGUUCUUGACCUUCGCGAAGAGUUCAGCAUGUACUAUAGCCCACGUUUGAAGCAUCAUGCGAAGGCUCUCCUGGACUUGUUGGGGAAAGGCGAGAAGAUGAAGGUCUUCACUACUUGCCUCAAAGCGUUUUUGGAUGGACGAAUCCCCCCGCCAGCGUUCGUGGAGCUGGUCGACGACCUUGGCAACAGCACUGACUUUUACUCCCAACUGAAGGACAACUUCUUACCCAGUAAAGUCCACCGGCAAGGUCGAGAGAUGGAAUACAUCUGUCGCCCCAGACAUUCUUUUGCCACAUUUCACGAAGCAGCCCGCGAAAUUGCUGGGCUGAAGCGCGUGAAGAUAGUGCUCCUCCCUGGGUACGAAUCUAGGGAGGUUCCGCCGCAGCUCUCGCUGUGCUUGAAACUCGACAGUGUGGAGCAUCCAAAAAGCCUUGAAGCGAAGUUGAGGAAGCCUAAAUGGGUCCACGCUGAGAUGCGGAUGAUUCUGCAUUUAUUGAGCAUAGAUAACGUCGCUCGAAUGUUUCCUUAUCUUGGGAUAAGUAAAAAGACCUGCCUCUUAUGCGGCCACGUCUUGAGCCAGUUGGGAAUAUUUCAGGCGCGGAAUAAUCAUGGCAAGGUAUAUGGUCAAUGGACGCUACCUCGCGCCAUUGCUAUGCCUGCUGCAAGUCAUGGUACGCUGGACACCACAAUACAGAAACUUCGCGAUGUCUUGCACCAUGAAUGCAACUCCGAGGAUAAUAAACAGCUGGCUCCCAUCAAGGAGUCCACCAUCUCGACGCCGGUUGCCGAGCGCCAGGAUAUAUGGUCGCCUUUCAAUCGUAGUAUCCCCGACCCCCGUCUACAUUCCAGGGAGAUUGAGUGGCUGUCACAAGGAUAUAUAAAAAGGAUCGCUGGCGGGUAUGAGCCAUGUGCCAAAGAGACAAGAGCUAAUAGUCACGCCAGAAAGAAUCCGACAGAUCAUGAAGGUUUAGAAGCGCCGCCUUCGGACGUUACAGAUGACGAAGCGCAUUCUGAUACGAGGGUUUUCGAACCAGUGCCAGAAAAUAACCGUCCGUCAUGUGGUAAAUGUGGGGUGUUGAAUGACGGUUUGAUCUCCUGCCAGAAAUGUAACUCGGUCUUAUACUGUGACAAGGCCUGUCUGGAGGAAGACUGGAUUCGUCACAAGUUCGUAUGCCGCCUGGGUCGACCGUUAGACGAGGUGGACGACUUCAUCCGAGCAUGUCGUGAGGAGACUAUACCAACAAACGACAAUGUCGCAAAGGCUUUCGGAUUCUGUUUCUUCACUUCUGGUGUGGAUCGACAGCGACUCUUCAGAUUGUACUGCGAUCUGAUCAAUCAGUGGGGCAUGAGCGAGGAGGAACUGAGGCAAGCGUGGAAGUCCGACAAACUCAAGGAACUGAUCCACCUCCGAGGAUCACAAGUGCCCAGUGCCAGAAUCAGGAAUGAGGUACGAUGGCUUGUGCAACAGAAUCGCUUCGGCUCUGGAGUUGUGACAAGCUGGGAUACAGUAUUUGAGACACAAAGACAUAUACUCGAUCCGCUGGAUCGCACAGUCCCGUGGUACACACUGAAGCCCCGCGAGAAGCUGGAAGCCUAUGUCUUCUGGUGCCAGAUCACAAACGGAAUCAUGCCAGAUGUGGACGAAGACAACUGGAUAUUUCUUGGCUUCUGUACAGCCUCCAAUGAUUCUCAGACUCAGAGGCUCGCGCAGCUCUACGGGCUGCUCGUUGGGAGAGCGAAUUUUGAAGAUUUUUGGCAGGCAAGGGUGAGCUCUAAAAUGGUUGAGCUGUUCCAGAAGCACAGUCUGGGUGAUGAAAUCCGGACAAUGCGAAACUUUGAAUCGUUGAUGAGCGCCAUAGGCACUUGGUAUCAGAGUGUCUGGGAGUUGAAAAGGUUUACCCGUCUGUCACAGCCAUACCCCCAUCGCGCCGUUUGUGUUGAUUACGGGUUCAUGAACUGCCAAACGCCGGUGGAACGGCUAAGCCUUCGUGAUGCAUAUACCCAGUUCUUCAAAAGCGGAGGUGAUGAAAUGGCUCUCCAUCAGGCCUGUAUCGAAAAUCGACUGGCAGGCUUUCUGAGAUCGGAGCUGGGGUCGCUUUCAUUCGACGCUACCCUGUUGGAGAGCCCGUACCCCCUCGAUGGAUGUGAUCAUAUGGGCAUGAUCGUAGAAACCGCGAUUCUCUGUCCAGAGUCAGCAUAUGAAGAGGUCAAGAAACUCCAACAAGCACAGAGACUGGAGGGAGUUAUCCUGACGCACCCCGAUAAAGUCGAUGCGGCAAUGAGCGCCGCACUUAUGAACCGAGCGGCAUUCUUGAGACAGGGCGUAAGAAUCCGGACAACCAGGAUAGGUGGACGGACUAUCCAGUCAAUGUCUGGGAUGUAA